GAAUCCAAGUAAAAGAAAAAAUAAAUGAUCUUAUGAAGUCCACCCGAAGCAACGGUUGACCCAAGUCAAUAAAUUCUCACCCACCCAAAUAUUACUGGUUGCAUAGGAAUAGGCGAGGAUUCAAUAAUAAUCCAUAUACAUAUAUACUACCAUCUAAGUUAGUAAGCUUUUCCAGACCACACCACAGAUAUGGAUAUUUCCCUUAAUAUAGUUAUCCCAUCCUUACUGUUGUUUGUGGUUUUCAUCGUAGACCUUGGAGAAGGCUACAAUAAUAUUAGGUGUCCCGAAUUACGGUGUAGAGCAGAUGGUCCAGCCAUCCGAUUUCCUUUCCGACUCAAAGACAAGCAGCCAGACCACCACUGUGGCUAUCCUGGCUUUGAUCUCUACUGCUCUCAUAAUAAUGAUACGGUGCUCGACCUGAAUACUUCAGUAAAAGCCUUUGUCCAAAGCAUUGAUUACAAAUCUCGGUUAAUUCGGGUAGCUGACCCAGGUAAUUGCUUUCCUUGGAAAAUUCUGGGACUCGAUUUGUCUUCCCCUACUUUCAAAGUAAAAAAUUCUCAAGAUGACUAUGACUAUGCCCUUUUCAAUUGUACGCCAGAAACAUAUGAGGAAAAUUAUUUUCGGAUAGAUUGUCUUAGUAGCAAUAGCCAUCCAGUUUAUGCUUUUCUUUCGGACGCUACCGUCGACUGCUAUCCCAUAGUAUCAUGUACAAAGAUGUAUAGCGUUUCAGUUCAAUUUACUGAUGAUAUAAAAUUUUCUUUUCUUGAAUUGACGUGGUCUGAACCGGCUGAGUGCGGACUCUGUGAAGGGGAAGGCAAGAAAUGUAGAUUCGAGAAUAAUAGCACUGAGAAGAAAACUGAGUGCUUCAACCCCGACAAAGACAAAGGUAGAUCAACAACAAUAUCAAUAGUAAUUACUGUUUCCACCUUGGGGUCAUUUUUUUUGCUCCUAGUGGUCUAUUUACUCUACUAUGUCUAUCGCUAUGACAAAAUAGAAAAAGAAAAUCAAGCAAGGAUUGAAAAGUUUUUGGAGGAUUACAGAGCUCUCAAGCCCGCAAGGUACUCAUAUAACGAUGUUAAAAGGAUUACAAAUCAAUUUAUAGAGAAGUUAGGACAAGGAGCCUAUGGAACAGUGUUCAAAGGAAAGCUUUCGAAUGAAAUCCAUGUUGCUGUGAAGAUCUUGAACAGUUCCAAGGGCAAUGGGGAAGAAUUCAUAAAUGAAGUGGGAACAAUGGGUAGGAUCCACCAUGUUAAUGUGGUUCGCUUAGUUGGCUUCUGCGCUGAUGGAUUUAGAAGGGCUCUAGUUUAUGAGUUUUUGUCAAAUGAUUCAUUAGAGAAGUUCAUUUCCUUAGUAGAUUCUAACCGUUUCCUUGGUUGGAAAAAGCUAGAAGGCAUUGCUCUCGGCAUAGCAAAAGGAAUUGAAUAUCUUCACCAAGGAUGUGAUCAACGAAUCCUUCAUUUUGUUAUUAAACCUCAUAAUAUUUUGCUAGACCAAAAUUUCAAUCCAAAAAUUUCUGAUUUUGGUUUAGCCAAGUUGUGUGCAAAGGAUCAGAGUGCAGUGUCCAUGACCACAGCUAGGGGGACCAUGGGUUACAUUGCACCCGAAGUGUUCUCUAGGAACUCUGGGAGCGUGUCUUACAAGUCAGAUGUUUAUAGUUUUGGAAUAUUGUUGCUUGAAAUGGUUGGAGGUAGGAAAAAUAUUGAUGUAACCAUGGAGAACACUAACCAAAUAUAUUUCCCAGAAUGGAUCUACAAUUUUUUAGAGGAAAAGGAAGAUCUACGAUUCUAUGUUGUGGAUAAUGGAGAUGUUAAAAUUGCAAAGAAACUAGCAAUUGUGGGACUCUGGUGCAUCCAGUGGCACCCAAUGGAUCGUCCUUCUAUGAAAAUUGUGGUUCCAAUGUUGGAGGGAGAAGGAGAUAAGUUAACCAUGUGUCCUAAUCCCUUUGCCUCUACAGCCCCUACAAGAACUUAUGCAAGUAUGCCUAUAAGGUGUCUAAACCAAGAGUUAGAAGUCAUGACAGAAUCAAAGUAAAGGCACAUUUGAUAGAAUGUAACAGUAAUUACAUAAGAAUAUGAAUAAGUAUUAGAAGGAAUACAAUAUGUUGUAAUGUAAUAAUAAUUAUUAUUCACUUGUUUGGUGACAACACAAUAA